UGGGGCUGUUAAUGCGUACAGAUGUCCUCAGUAUAAAAAUAUGUAGGUACAUCUGCACCGGUCUCGCUAGUAUAUUAGGUAGGAGGGCCGCCUGUUAUCGACCAAACCACCUACAUAUGUACGGUGUACUGGGCUUGGUACCACAACGCUUCCGACACUCGAGCUGUGAAUACCGUACUGGGUAUACCUUACUACUUCUUUUAUCAGAUAAAGGUGUACCAACAUGCCAGGGAGAUAUGACCGUUUACUGACGUCAAUGACAAGAAAGUUGCUUGAAAAACCAAGGCGUAACCAUCGAAACAAAGCUACUAUGAUUUCCGCCAUUCCCCUGGAUGACAUUCCUGUCACUGACACUUCUAAAGUUACUUCCGAUGUUCAUCCGUUCAAGGACAUUCCUGGGCCGAAAUGUUAUCCGAUCAUAGGGACCCUGCCUUACUACCUACCUGGAGGUAGAUUCCAUAAAAUGGAGCAUAAUGAGGUUUCACACAUAAUGUGGAAGCAAUACGGAUAUGUGUACAAGGAAAUUAUAACCGGAGGUAAAAUACUGGUCCAUAUAGUUGAUCCUAAGGAUGUGGAAACAGUUUAUCGGAACGAUGGAAAGUUCCCCGUUCGGGAAGCAUUCUUCACAUUAAAUCAUUACAAUAAGAAGUUCCAGGCCAACUGCCAAGGUCUGCUAACAUCACAAAUGGAACAGUGGCAUCAUCUACGAGUAAAUGUCCAGAAGAAAAUGCUCAUGCCGAAAACUGUUGCAGCCUACAUACCAGAGCAUUGUCUUGUGGCAGAUGAUCUAAUGAGUCGGAUAGCCUUGUCAAAGAAAGAGGAUGGAAAAAUAGACGACCUCAGACACGAUUUUACAAAAUACGCCGCAGAAUGUAUCGGUGUCGUCUGCUUCAACAAGAGGCUUGGUGCCUUCCAUGAUGACGAUAGUGAAAGUGAAGCAUCUCAAUUUAUAAAAGCAGUCAAUGACGUCAUGCACGUGUCUCAUCUGGAGUUUAGACAAUUUCCACUGUUUAAGCUAUUCAACACGCCUACCUUUAACAAACUCAUCAAAUCACAGACUUUCAUCAAACAAAUUGCCAUUAAGUAUUCCAAUCUAGCAUUAGAGGCAGCUCAGAAAAGAUUAGAGGCCGGCGAAAAUGUGGAUGGAGAACAAGGCGAUCUCGUACCUUAUCUUAUGUCGAAAACGUCCUUGAGCAAUGAACAAGUGCUUGUUGUCAUCAGCGAAUUCAUAUUUGCUGGAGUUGAUACGACGAGCCAUCACAUGUCGUUUAUGCUGUAUUUAUUGGGGCGACAUCCUAACAUCCAGAACAAGUUAUACAAUGAAAUCAGGACACUCCUGCCCACCCCUGACACCCCAAUUACCGACAAAGCUAUCCGAAACAUGUCUUACCUUAAGGCUGUGGUAAGGGAAACCCACAGAUUGCUCCCCGUUGCCCCAGGAAAUAUCCGCCGGACCAGUGUCGACUUGGUGCUGUCUGGCUACCACAUUCCUGCAGGGACAUCUGUCGCAUUGCACUCCGAUAUAUCGAGUAGGGAUGCCAGGGAGUUUCCUGAUCCAGACGCAUUCAUACCGGAAAGAUGGGUUAGAGACAAUACUGCUACCAAAACAAACCAUCCGUUUGCCAUGGUUCCAUUCGGAUUUGGGCCGCGUGCUUGUGUCGGCAUGCGCUUUGCCGAACAAGAAGCACAGAUUGCUGUAAUCAAGAUUCUGCAGCGUUACCAGGUAAAAUAUGUUGGUGUGCCACUUCGACGUGAAGCCAGUGUAACAUACAGCCCUGCCAACAAAAUGGCUUUCCGUUUCGUGGAAAGGUUAUGAUUGACUAGCUUGCAGUUUUAAGAUUAUUGAAGAAGAUAUUCUACUGCCAAUUAAAUUUUAUAUGGUGUAAGUGUAAUUUCUCACAAUGUACAAUUACCUCACUAACACGUGUGAUGUGUUAGAAACAAGAAAGUAACUUUACAUUUACUUAUUUGUGAGAGUGUUUAGCAGGCGAGAUCAUAUGUUAUAGAAAGCAUUGUUCAUAAGCCAUUCCAACCGAGUAAAGGCCUGUUUUGUUUCAUUUUUAAAGUAUUUCUUUACAUCUAAAGGAUUAAUUUCUACUACGUUAGAUCGUAUGAUGGACACAAAUGUUUUACAGAGUAAGCAUAGAUCUAUUAUGUUAAAUGACUUGACGUUUUCCUCAUUAAGACGGAAAAAGCAUCAGCUAGUUUCCUGUAGUGCUAGGCUCUGUAUCAUUUGGCCACCCAUUAAACAUAAUAUAUCCGAGGUUGGUUUUUUUCAGGCUUGCUGAUGAGGUCAGAUUAUUUAUGAUUGAUAUUAGAUAGUACGCUUAUAAAAUAACAUUAAUGUUUGUACUGAAAACAGGACGACCGAAGUGUUCAUGUUUUCAUGUUCACACUUUUUUCGUGAAUUUAGAUUUUCGAUUCAGAUAAAAAACGAUUUUCAUUAUAGAAUAUGAUUCUGAAGAGAGAAAAAAUUUUUAUAGAUAAUUUUUCACUAGAGUUCACAUCAAUCUUCACUUGAUGUUUACAGUUGUGAUUCAUAUAUAGCUCUCGCAAUAAGGGUGCUUUACAGCAAGUUAAGGUAAGGACUCUCUAUGCCAUCUGUUGUGUUUCAAUCCCUUUAUCCUAGGAAUGGAUUCGAACCACAUUUUUUUGUCGACGAUACAGUAACUGUGGUGAUUACUGGGGAAUAAAGCGCUACAUACAAAUGUGUUAUUUCACUGUACUGACACAUUCCAAGAUAGAAAUGGAAGAAGACUAGCCUGAAAGUGUACUUAUUUAUUAGAUGAUAAAACAUUGUACUGAAGUUGUAAUUCAGUUUAACUACAAGUUAGAAGAAAACACUUUUAUUAAGAAAUUUGAUUUUCGUUUUUUAUUGUAGCAAUUCUUAUUAUCACAUUAAAAUAUAUAUCAUUAUUAUAUAAGUAAACAAUAAAUCUUUUAGAUGAUAGGCAUUCGUUUCAUGACAUUUACCGAGUUCCAUAUUUAAACAGAUUUAGUAGAAAACCAAUGAAUGAGAUAAUGAAUAAAUUAAUAAGCGAACGAAUGAAUGCAUGAACGAAUGACUGGACUAACAAUCGAAGAGAUGAAAUGAACGAGCAAAUAAGCAAACUAAUAACUGAAGGAAGGUGUAGAUAAAUGAAUUAUUUUUUCACCUUAAAUACACAUGCCAUGAGAGACGUUACAGAUGUCAAUGUCUGUUGUUUUUAGUGUAAUACGUUUUUCACAGUACCAUGUUGUCAGUUACCCAUAUAGUGUUUGAUGUGUCAUGGUAAAUAGCGGAAUGUAUGCUUUUGUUUGGGACAUUUCGGGUAUGAUAUUUCCCUUCCUAUCCAAUUUUUACUACAAAUUUGUAUGUAUAUUUUUUAACAAAGAGUGUUAAUUUACAAGAAAAAGUUAAAAUUCUCGCGUGUUCAAAGGCUCGUCAUACGACUCUUUAAAAUGAUCGUGAAAUGAAAUAUAUAUUGUGUUAGCAAUUAUUCUGAAAUGUGUAUAUAUAUAAUCUUUAAAAAUAAAAUAUUUGCUUUUGGAUUUGUUUGCGCUAUUUUACCAAAUACUACAAAAUAUUGAUUACCUUUAAAAUUGCAAACCUUUUAUUAAAGCUAUUUUACUUUCAAAAUUCUAGAUGUAAUGUUGCUGACCAUAUUAAGUUGUGCAAAGAGACUGUAAUUUCACAGUGUUUUAGCUCCUUUGCAUGAUCUCUGUAAUAUCGUUGAUUGUCAGAAGCUGGAGUCGAUGUUAUGAUGCUCUGUUAUGGGUCUGUAAAUGUAGUGAUAGAUAUUAUGAACUCAAAUUGCUUACAUGCAUUGAACUCUUCGUUUAUUAUCCAAUUAAUUUAAUGUAUUUGCCUACAUAUAGGUACAAUAAUAACAAUAAAUCAUGAAACGGUUCUCAUUGUUCAGGCAUGUCAAAGUUCAAAUCAACUUACUAAAUUAUAAAUUGAUAAAAUAAUGUGAAACGGUCGAAACGUGAAUUCUUUACAUUAAAUGUGUUUGACUUAUAUAAAAACUCCAAAAUUGAUUAAAGGUAAAAUAUGAAUAAAUAUUAAUGUAUAACUAGACCUUAGAAAUUUGGCUUGAACACAGACUCUGAGUAUGAGCAAGAAAACGAUGCCAUGAAGAUGAGCACUGCUCAGUCCCUAUUACAGAUUUUGUUUCGUAGCAUGCGAGUUAAUUACCACAAGGACCGAGUUACACAAAGUGCGCUAUACACACACUGGAAUUAACUCAAUAACAAACAUUUUUCCAGGUUAGCUAUCUUAUUACAUACUUGUAUACACUGUAUAAAUAGAUUGUUUAUCAUAAGAAUAUAUGUGUGAUGACGUACAUUGAUAUUUGUAUUUCUGUUUUACGUCAUUCAUCUAUUGCUGUUAUAUUGUUAUAAU